AUGGUGAAGAUAUUUGUUGGAAAUGUGAACUUCCCAACCACAGAGCCAGAACUGCGUAACCUAUUUGAGAAAUAUGGUCAGGUGUCGGACUGUGACAUUCUGAAAAACUAUGGCUUUGUGCACAUGAAUGAGGAGGAGGAGGCCCAGAAGGCAGUGGCAGAACUCCAUGAGCUCAAUGGGGCGCGAAUCACAGUGGAGUUUGCCACUACGAAGGUCCGCAAUGCCACAAAGAUCUACGUAGGGAAUGUCCCUGAGGGGACCACAGCUGCUAAGAUAAGAGAGCUCUUCCAGCCGUUUGGUGUGUGA